GACAUUGUGCGCCUGCCAGAUCCGCCGGCCGCGGACCCGGGCUGCCUCGGAAACACAGAGGGGUCUUCUCUCGCCCUGCAUAUAAUUAGCCUGCACACAAAGGGAGCAGCUGAAUGGAGGUUGUCACUCUCUGGAAAAGGAUUUCUGACCGAGCGCUUCCAAUGGACAUUCUCCAGCCUUUCUGGAAAGAUUCUCGCUAAUGGAUUUCCUGCUGCUCGGUCUCUGUCUAUACUGGCUGCUGAGGAGGCCCUCGGGGGUGGUCUUGUGUCUGCUGGGGGCCUGCUUUCAGAUGCUGCCCGCCGCCCCCAGCGGGUGUCCGCAGCUGUGCCGGUGCGAGGGGCGGCUGCUGUACUGCGAGGCGCUCAACCUCACCGAGACGCCCCACAACCUGUCCGGCCUGCUGGGCUUGUCCCUGCGCUACAACAGCCUCUCGGAGCUGCGCGCCGGCCAGUUCACGGGGUUAAUGCAGCUCACGUGGCUCUAUCUGGAUCACAAUCACAUCUGCACGGUGCAGGGGGACGCCUUUCAGAAACUGCGCCGAGUUAAGGAACUCACGCUGAGUUCCAACCAGAUCACCCAGCUGGCCAACGGCACCUUCCGCUCCAUGCCCAACCUGCGCAGCGUGGACCUGUCCCACAACAGGCUGCAGGCGCUGGCGCCCGACCUCUUCCACGGGCUGCGGAAGCUCACCACGCUGCACAUGCGGGCCAACGCCAUCCAGUUCGUGCCCGUGCGCAUCUUCCAGGACUGCCGCAGCCUCAAGUUUCUCGACAUCGGAUACAAUCAGCUCAAGAGUCUGGCGCGCAACUCCUUCGCCGGCUUGUUCAAGCUCACCGAGCUGCACCUGGAGCACAACGACUUGGUCAAGGUGAACUUUGCCCACUUCCCGCGCCUCGUCUCGCUGCACUCCCUGUGCCUGCGGAGGAACCGGGUGGCCAUCGUGGUCAGCUCGCUGGACUGGGUGUGGAACCUGGAGAAGAUGGACCUGUCGGGCAAUGAGAUCGAGUACAUGGAGCCGCACGUCUUCGAGACCGUGCCGCACCUGCGCUCCCUGCAGCUGGACUCCAACCGGCUCACGUCAAUCGAGCCCCGGAUCCUCAACUCCUGGAAGUCGCUCACGAGCAUCACCCUGACCGGGAACCUCUGGGACUGCGGGCGCAACGUGUGCGCCCUGGCUUCGUGGCUCAGCAGCUUCCAGGGCCGCUACGAUGGGAACUUGCAGUGCGCCAGCCCCGAGUACGCGCAGGGCGAGGACGUCCUGGAUGCCGUGUACGCCUUCCACCUGUGCGAGGACGGGGCCGAGCCCACCAGCGGCCACCUGCUCUCGGCGGUCACCAACCGCAGCGACCUGCCCCCCGCCUCCAGCCCCGCCAGCACGCUCGCCGACGGCCGGGAGGGGCAGCUCGACGGCUCGCUCGAGCCGGCCACCGUGGCGCUCCCAGGCAGCGAGCACGCCGAGAACGCCGUGCAGAUCCACAAGGUGGUCACGGGCACCAUGGCCCUCAUCUUCUCCUUCCUCAUCGUGGUGCUGGUGCUCUACGUCUCCUGGAAGUGCUUCCCGGCCAGCCUCAGGCAGCUCAGACAGUGCUUUGUCACGCAGCGCAGGAAGCAAAAGCAGAAACAGACCAUGCAUCAGAUGGCUGCCAUGUCCGCCCAGGAAUACUACGUUGAUUACAAACCGAACCACAUUGAGGGAGCCCUGGUGAUCAUCAACGAGUACGGCUCGUGUACCUGCCACCAGCAACCCGCGAGGGAAUGCGAGGUCUGACGGGUCCCCGCGGUUCCCAAACCCCGUGCGCUACCAAAUAACGCCUGGACGGCCGGGCCUGGCCGGCGAGCGCCAGGCUGGGGGCUCCUUGUCUGUGUUCUGAUAUGCUCCUUGACUGAAACUGUAAGGGGAUCUCUUCCAGAGACUUGACAUUUUAGCUUUAUUGUGUCUUAAAAAACAAACAAACAAACAAAAACAACAACAACAACAAAAUGAAAUAAAACACAACAAACACCCCAUCCCACCACCUUCGGACAGUCUAUCUUAAAUUUCAUAUGACAACUCUUUCCUCCCUUUGAAGAUCUGUCCAUAUUCAGGAAUCUGAGAGUGUAAAAAAAGGUACCAAUCAUUGAUUUUUUUUUUUUGUAAACUAAAAUGUUUAAAAUAAAAUAGCAUUUACAGUUUUUACAGACUGGUGUAACCUAAAUGAAUUGUUACCUGUGUUAAGGGAGAAGCAACAGUUAAAAUGUUCUUUUCCUGUGGGUGGGGUGAGGGAUGGGUAGGCCAGAGAUUAAGGAACAAAAUAGACUAGAUAUUGAGGGCAAUAAAAAGCCUACCAGAUUGAUUUCCCCCAAGGGAGGAAGGACUGGGGUUUGGGGGGUGGGGGGGCGAGGGGGAAAGCAAGCGUUUAGGACUCAGGGCAGAGGUGCCUUGCACAUAAUGACUGAGCAUCACUGCUCAACCUUUAAGGUAGAGAGAUGAUUGCAAAGGAGUUUUUAAAGGCAGUGCUUAAACAGUCUGUCCGGAGAACAAGAAACAUCUUUAUACCUAAUGAAACCAUCUUGCAAGUCAACUGAAAAUCUGGCCCCCACCCCAAUCACCCCCAUUCCUCAGGCUCCUGGUUCUCUCUGGCCUUCCAUUCCCCAGACUCUGUAGCAUUUGUGUCUAGUUCUCCACUCCCCAAGGGAAAAACAGCCCCCUCGGUUCCUUCUCUGUAGUGUGCCUGAGGGGAAGAGGUGGGAUCCAAAUCUUCAGUGAUAAAAGCAGAGUCUGGAGCUCAUUGUUGAGACUGCAGCAAGCUUAGGCAGUGGCCACACUCGCCUAGUUACUAUGGGGAACUGAAGCAUGCCCACCUCAGGAGCCCUGCUUACAGGGAGGUGACUUGCAGCAGGAGAGUUCAGGGGCAGAGGUGAUGCAAAAGUGAUGAGAAUGGGGGAGGGGUGGGGGAGAAUCAAUAUUUGAUCCUGUGAUUGCAUAUUACUGGGAGGAGAAUAAUGUGUUAAGCAAGGCUAGAAAAGCUUCCUCUUCUCAGAUUGCCUUAUGGUGCAAUGCUUGUUUUCCAACUGUGUUGUGUUACCUUUUUUUUUCCUGGGUUGGGAUCCACACCUUUCUGAGGUUUUUCAGUUUUAUCACGGAAAUGGAGUUUUUGUUUGACUGAACUAAAUUAAAGAGUAGUAGCAGUUGGUGGGUAAGGGGAAACGGGAGGAGGGGGAGGAGGAGGAGGAGUUGUUGGAUGGGAGGAGUCUUUUACUAGAUAACAAUUUAAACAAAUGUAUGAUUGAAAUAAACUGUCAUGGAUGGCAGCUAGUGAAAACUGAACCAAUGCUUAUGUCCGGAAGUCUUUCUCAAACUCAGGUGUUGACUCCUCUGAAUGCUAAUACAGGACUGACAUCAUUUUACUUUUUCUUUUCUUCUCUUUUUUAUUUAAAAGAGAUUAGUCCACAUAGGGGGAGGAGCAAUGGGGUCCUGCACCACCAUCUUCUGAAGUGCAAAUACCCCUAGCCACCUACCUAAAGGAACAAAAUAAGCUGUUUGAAAUGUAGAGUGGCAGCACCAGGAGGUUUAUUAAAGCUGAGUGUUGCUGGGUUUCUCUUCUACCUAGAGAGAAACCCACAUGCCUAAAAAUGUUUUGAAGAGGCUUUCUGAAAGAGAAAUAUUCCGCAAAUAUCUCUAAAUGAUAAGAUGGGAGAGAGCUGAGAACUUCUUACACAGAGACAGACACACACAUGGGGCGAGGGGGGGCUCAUGAAUGCAAAUGCUCGUAUACACACACACACUCACACACACACACACACACACACACACACACACUCCUGCAGUUUUAUUUUCCUGACCAAGAAACUUCAUCAUGCUUUCUGUAUAAGUACAGCAUGACAUUACUGACAGACAUUCUGCACAUAACACCCAUUUAGACUAUUCAUUUUCUAGAAAAGAGAGAGGCUUUGUUUGAUAACUUCAAGAAGGGGGUUCGGAUUUUGUUUAAGCGUGACCAUUUAGGGCUGCCAUUUUAAAUAGAAUAUCUCUGGGAAAGCAGGAGGAGCACAAACAAGGUUCUCUCAGAGACGUGUCUCCCAUCUAGAACAAAUGUCCUUUAAAGAGACCUCGUCUGAAAGACGACGUACCAUUUUAGAGUGAAAUGCUUUCCAAAUCGUGACAAUUCAAGGAAAGCUACUUGAAUUCACUGCUUUAAAUCUCUUCAUAGGAAUGUAACUGGAAUUCAGUGCCAAAGUUACUCUGUUUUGUGGCAUCAGAGACUAUGUUGGUGUGUUCAUAGAGAAGCUUCCAGAAGCAAAAUCUUUCAGGCAAAAAGAAUCACAGGUGUCCCUCACCCCUGCCCCCACCCUAAACUAUGAAGAGUGAAAAUUGUAGAGUUUCUUAUACCAAACUUUAGGGGAAAAAAUGUUUUCUUCUGUUUACAACAUGUCGUGAGAAAAAGUGAGAGAAUAAUCACUUUGUUUUAUGAUGUCCCCCCCACACACAUGACUAAAAACCACACAAGCAGAAGAUCUUAAGUCCACAUAAAUCUAAUAAAAGAUGGCUGUGAAACAGA